CGGGGCUCAGGCUGGAAGAAAGGGCGGGACUUCCGGCGGCGGGGAGGAAACCGCCAGCAAGCGCCCAUGGCUUGGUACCCGAAGCUUGUAGGCGUUCCCCUUAAGGCUCAGAGAUUCCACACAGCUGCGUGUCGCUACAAAGCUCGGACGGGUCCCGAGCACCUGUGGCUGAAGCGCCAUCUAAGGGACCCGUUUGUGAAGGCUGCAAAGGUGGAGAGUUACCGCUGCCGCAGCGCCUUCAAGCUCCUGGAGAUGAAUGAGAAGCAUCAUAUCUUGCGACCUGGCCUCCGGGUGCUGGACUGCGGGGCGGCUCCGGGAGCCUGGAGUCAGGUUGCGGUGCAGAGAGUCAAUGCCACAGGCGCAGACUCCAGCUCUCCUGUGGGCUACGUGCUCGGGGUUGAUCUUCUUCACAUAUUCCCUCUGGAAGGAGCAACUUUCCUAUGCCCUGCUGAUGUGACUGACCCCAAAACUUGCCAGAGAAUUUUAGAACUGCUUCCCAGAAGGAGAGCGGACGUGAUUCUCAGUGACAUGGCACCCAACGCCACGGGGAUCCGAGACCUCGAUCACGACAGGCUCAUCAGCUUGUGCCUGACCCUUGUGGGCAUGGCUGCGAAUAUCCUGCAUCCCGGGGGAACACUGCUGUGCAAAACCUGGGCUGGAAGUAAAAGUCACCUGCUACAGAAGAGACUGACCCAGGAAUUCCAGAAUACGAGGGUCGUGAAACCAGAGGCCAGCAGGAAGGAGUCUUCAGAGGUGUAUCUCUUAGCCACGCAGUACCGGGGAGGGAAGGGCUCCACGGAGCAGUGAGUCUGCCCUGCCCUCUGGGGGUGCUUUCCUGAGAGUGUCUGGGAUCGGAACUGUAUUGUGGAUGUGGACAGCACCCCACUAGGCACCUCUUGAGUUUUAAAGAGAUGAAAAAAAUGUAUUUGAGGUUGGUGAAAAAUGAUAAAAGUGGGGCCAGCACGGUG